UAGCAAAGAGUGACGUGCUCUCAGUUACCAACUACAGGAGAUGCUCUAUACUGAGUGCAAGUAAGCAAUCGUUCUGAGAAGCACACGAUAAAACAUGAAAAGUACUCCUGUGUUAAAAUACAAAGUCUCUCAAUCAGAGAAACUGGGCAGGUAUUUGCAAGCUGCGAAAGAUCUAAACCCCGGCGAAGUGAUACUGCGAGAGACUCCGAUCACGGUCGGGCCGAUCACCUCUAGCAAAGAUUUACUUUGUCUCUCGUGCCUGCGUUCGUUGCCAAAGAUCAAGAAGGUACCGCAGUACGUUUGCUCGAGAUGCAAAAUCGCUCCCCUCUGCGGCACUGCGUGCGAGGAGCGAGGGAGACAUCACACGGUGGAUGAAUGCGAGAUAUUCCAAGCUAAUAAACUGAGGCUGUCUGCGAGUAACAUAGAGGACAUCACCGGCGUUCUACUACCUCUGAGAUUAUGGCUUUUGAAACGGAAUACAGAAUUAUGGACGCGAAUCGAAUCCCUGGAGGCUCAUAUGGACAAAAGAAGAGACACGCCAGUCUGGAUAGACAGAGAAGAGAGCGUCGUGAACGUAAUGAAGUCGCUUGGAUUGGUUUCUGAGGACGACGCAUCUGUCCUAGAGACUUUACAACGACUCUGCGGCGUUUUAGACGUGAAUACUUUCGAACUGAGAUCCCCGGGAGGUCUCGAUGGCCUUCUCUUACGAGGUUUAUAUCUGGAAGCCUCCCUGAUGGCUCACGACUGCAGGGGAAACACUCAUUUAACGGUCGACGAUAAUUUCCAACUGACCGUCUACGCGAGUCUGCCGAUCAAGCAAGGCGAUACGAUUUUCUUUAAUUACACUUCAUCGCUUUUGGGGACUUUGGGUAGAAGAGAGCAUCUACUAGGAGGGAAAUAUUUUGAAUGCGAGUGUUCACUAUGUAAAGAUCCUUACGAGUUAGGCUCUUACAUGAGCAGCAUUCUGUGCCCGCGGUGUAGACGAGGGUACAUAGGAAUGCAGAACCCUUUGACGAAGUUCCCAUUUGAAAAAGUCACGAGGUGGCGAUGUGAGAAAUGCAGGGGAUCCAUCGGAGGUCGUCUGGUCAGAGCUACUUUGAAUAUAAGCAGAAGCUUAAUCGACGACGUAGACGAGGGAGACAUCGAAGAACUGGAGAGUCUGACGACUAAACUGCUUAAGAGUUUCCAUCCGAAUCAUUUCCUAAUGCUAGCUUUAAAACAGAAGCUGCUGGCUGCUUAUAGGAGAGAAGUUUCCACGCCGAAUCCUCGGAAAAAGAUCUUAAGAAAGAUGCUGAAUGCUUGUAAAGACAUGCACGACGUCCUGGAGAUUGUCGAGCCGGGGAUCUCGCGGUUGAAAGGAAUCAUGUUGUACGAGAUGCACUUACCCUUAGUGCUAUUAGCGAACCGUUCUUAUUCCGCGAACGAGAUCUCCCCUACGGAGUUGGCGUCGCGCCUGGAAGAGGCCGGGGGUCUUUUAAAAAAGUCUUUAACUAUGCUACUUUUGGAACCGGCGGACACCCCGGAAGGGAAGCUGGCCAAACGCGCAUUGCAAGAAUUGAAGGGACUAAAUCAAAACAUAAUCGACGUUAAAACGUUCGCCGAGAGACCUCGUAAAAACAAAUCACAUAAGAAUAAAUGAUGUACGAAAUGAAAUAAAAUAUUAUAAGGUAAAGGAAGUAGUACUGGGACGAAACGAAUUUUGGAACCAGUACUUGGACAUAAUAGAUAUGUAUUUAAUAAUUUACUGUGAUAAGUUUUCAUCUACUAUGCUUAAAUUUCGUCGUAAAAAACAUUAUAAAAAGUUCAAAAGUGUCCAGGCACUACUUCCUUUACCUUAAACGUAUCUUAUCGCUAUAGUCUGCGCACUAUAGAGUUCAAAAGGAUCACCAUAUUUCAUCGAAUCUUACGACAUAAAUCGUAACAUUGUCGAAGCUUGAUGGAAAUAAAAUUUAUCCGAUUAUUUCUCACUA